UCUCUCUCUCUCGCUCGUGCGCGGUUAGCUGCUGAUGCUGUAACGUGAUGUUUUUAUGUGUGUAAUGUUGUGUGCUGUGUUUUACAUAUGAACAUUAUUGGGUGUAAUACCGCAGCUUUAUAAAGGUGCUCGGUAAAGCCCACGGCAGUGCUUAAGUUUACAAACACAUCAGACUGAUGUGAAGCUGCUCUGCAGCGCUGGAUCGCAUCAGAAUGGACCUGCUAACCCAUGCUAGCCUUCUGGAUUCAUCAUUACUGUUAUUAUAGAGAGUAAACUGAACACUACAUUUAUGUGUGUGUGUGUGUGUGUGAAGGAGAGAUUUGCUUCACUUGAGGUGAAUCACGUGUGGCAUUGGAUGUUUAUUAGUUUCUGAGGUGUUUUUCUGUGAGGUGUAAAGCUGUGUGUUAUUAUAAACGUGCUGGUUAGCUGCUCGUGUUAGCUCGUGUGUGUUAGAUGUGAUCAUAACAGUCCUCACAAUCACUUCACACUGUCACAGUAAAUCUCAUUUUUUAGUGUUUCACUCUAACGUACAUCAUCCUGUAGUAGAAUUUCAGGCCUACACAAAGAAUUUAUAAUCAUGAUCCACGGUAACCAUGGUUUCCACCAAAAUGCUUUAGUUACUACAGUUACUCUAAUAAAACAUGGAAAUUAAAGAGAAAAAAAGAGAAGGUGACAUCUGUACUGCAGGAACUGUGUUUUAAUGGAGAUUACUGUGUUUAUAGAGAGCUGUCAGUCUGCGUUGCGACGUAAUAUGUAAAGUUAUUUGACAGGAUGAUUGACAACACUGUAAAUAUAUAAAUGACAACAAGAGUUUGAUUCCUACCAGCCAAACACAUGAACAGAUAACCAACUGUGUUACUGAAUAUUACAUUGACUUAUUUAUUUAGCAGACGCUUUUAUCCAGAGCCACUUACAGUACAUAUGAAAGAGAGAAUUAACAUUUUGUCAUAAAUCAGCAAAUAUGUUCAAAUUGAAAUCUAGUCUCCUUGGUAUUAUUACCAAUAUAUUGUAGCAUCCGUUUGUAUUUUCUUAACCCCCUGUUGAUAGCGUCCAGACAUCAGAAAAAGAUCAGUCUGUAGACACGUUUUCUGUUUGACGUAAGGGAUGUGACGAGAACAGACACAUGUUUUUGAGAGAUCAGGAUUUCUGUGAAUUAACAAGCACAAACCAGAAGAAAACGGAGAAAGGGAUGGAUCUUCAUACACCGUCAAACGGUUAUAUUAUCUAUUUUUAUGCACCUGUUUAUAAGGGAAAUGGACCGUUAUGGAUUAAGCAGCACUUACCUGGAAACCAUGCUUUGAAAACAACAACAAAAAGGCUUUACAAACUGUAAUGCAGACUACACGUGGCUAAACCUCUAAACGUUGACAUCUGACUCAUCGGUAGAGUGUAAACCCUAAUGCUAGUCAGGUCGACAUUUGCAUAGGAUUGGCCACGCGUUUAUAUUGACAGGCAGCACUUGACAUGAAGAUAUCGUUUUCUGGUACCUUUCAGAAGGUUAAUGAGUGUUUUCUGCUGUUCACACCACACGCAGGUUUUCUCUUCGGUCUGUGACUAUCCUGUUGGAACAGACCUGUGACCCAGCAGACCGUUUAGUGUUUAAUGAAACCAUUCAUUCAGUAGUCAAGAGUCCAGUGCUUGCUUCCAAGUCUCUAGUUUGACUGAUAAACCCAUGAUCUAACCAGUUACACCGUUACACUCGAAACCAUUAAAAGGACUUUGAUGAGGAUGCCGUUGAUGUCUCUUCAGUUCUUUCUUUGGUGUAUGGACGGCUAACGUGUGUGUGUGUGCGUGUGUCAGUUGAAUGCAGAGGGGAUGUCUGGCAGUAAGGCGCUGGGAGGGGCGCGGCGGCGACGGACACGUUGCCGGCGCUGUCAAGCCUGCAUGCGGACCGAGUGCGGCGAGUGCCACUUCUGCAAAGACAUGAAGAAGUUUGGUGGACCGGGCCGGAUGAAGCAGUCGUGUCUGCUCAGGCAGUGCACUGCGCCGGUGUUGCCUCACACAGCCGUGUGUUUUGCGUGCGGUGAAGCGGGGAAGGAGGACACGGUGGAGUCGGAGGAGGAGAAGUUCAGUCUGUCUCUGAUGGAGUGCACCAUCUGUAAUGAGAUCAUUCACCCCAGCUGUCUGAAGAUGGGUAAAUCUGAAGGCAUUAUUAAUGAUGAGAUCCCAAACUGCUGGGAGUGUCCAAAGUGCCACAAGGAAGGAAAGACCAGUAAGGAUCAGGGAGACGGUUUAGGAAAGAGACGAAUGGACAACGGAGAGGUGAGUCGCUGGAAACUGACCGACGAUCCGCCACCGAGUAAAAAGAAGCCGCCGUCUCUGGAAGACACGGCCCGUCAGGAUGGACAUAAGCGCAAGAAAGAGAAAGAUCUGCCUCAGGAGAGCGCUUCCAAAAAGAAGGUCAAGGGCGCCCGUGAUAAGCACCUGAAAAAGAAAAUGAAACCCAACUCCUCCGACUCUUCUGAAGCGAACGGGCCGAACUCGUCUUCAGCUGGUGGCCACAGUUCUUCUGGAGGGUCCGCUGCAGCGCAGGCCUCAUCUUUAACUCCCAGCCUGGACCAGCGCUCUCAUCACCGUGAGAAACUGGAACGCUUCAAACGCAUGUGUCAGCUUUUUGAGCGAGUGCCAGACUCUAGCUCUUCCUCAUCGUCCAGUUCUGAAAGUGACUCCGAAUCGGUCUCUGAAUCACCGUCUCCCGCUGCCGCCUCCGAACCGUCCUCUCCGGCCCCCACAUACGGCAACAGCAGCGCCCGCGAACGCAGUCGGCGUCUGGCAGAACUGGGCUUCAGUGCCAGCGAGGACUCUGAAGGUGAGAGUUUCGUAGCAGAAAAGGAGCAAGACAACACGGAUGAGCCCCAGCCACAGCGGCGUCGGGGAGAGGCGGCCCACAGGGUGCGUAAAGUGGUUAUGGACACGGAAGCUGACGAUGAGGAAGGCUCAGAGGACCGCGCUCGCAAAACCGCCACGCUGGCCCCAUCGUCGCCACUGUCAACGACCCAAGCACCGCCAACCGGACACGGGCUUACGUCGGAGGGUGUCUCCUCAUCCAGACGCACUAAUGGACAGGAGGCACGCAACGGCCGCACGCGGGCGGGCGGUCGAGAAACUCAAGAGAAGGAGAAUUCCAAUAGCGGUAGCGUCGCUAAUCACCGGCACGGAGCCGCAAAGUCUGUCCGUGGCAGCAAGAUUCGCAGCGGAAGCCGGCAAGGCCAGAACAUUCCCUCAAAUAAGAGUGCGGGUACGACAGCGGUGGCUUCCGGGACUGCGAAUGGCAGCAGUGCCACAUCUAACCUGUCGAACCCCGUCAGUGGCUCGCUGCCGGUGCACCGCUCUCAGCAGUCCCGCUUGGGGCCCACGCGCUCUCAGCUGGUGAAGCGUAGUCCGGCCGCUGUGCCCUCGCCUCCGAGGCCUGUACAGAUGGAGCGGCACUUGGUCCGUCCGCCACCUGCCUGCCCUGAGCCGCACUGCUUGCUGUUGGACGGCGGCGCUUCGCACGUGCUGCCGAGGGAGGUGUGGCUUCGUGUCUUCCAACACCUCAAUCAACGGCAGCUGUGUGUCUGCAUGCGGGUCUGCCGCACCUGGAGCCGCUGGUGCUGUGACAAGAAGUUAUGGACACAGAUUGAUUUGAGUCGACAGCGCUCCAUAACUCCCAUAAUGCUGAGUGGUAUUAUCCGUCGACAGCCGGUGUCACUGAACCUUGGUUACACUAAUAUCUCUAAAAAGCAGCUGAUGUGGCUGAUAAACCGUUUACAAGGUCUGCUGGAGUUGAAUGUGUCGGGCUGUCCGUGGUCAUCAGUUUCAGCGCUCUGUCAGUCUGUGUGUCCGUGUCUCUGGCUCCUGGAUCUCAGCCGGGUGGAGGAUCUCAAAGACUCGCAUCUUAAAGAACUGCUGGCUCCGCCCUCUAAUGACACACGCUCAGCUCAUGGAGAAAACCGAGGUGGACGUUUCCAGAAUGUGACGGAGCUGCGGCUGGCUGGUUUGGAAGUGACGGACACUGUGUCCCGGCUCUUAGUGCGAUAUCUGCCUCAUCUGACCAAACUGGACCUGAGUCAUUGCUGCCACAUCACAGAUCAGACCAUCUACACACUGACAUCACCAAUGUCACCGCUCAGAGAGAGUCUGACACACGUCAACCUGGCAGGGUGUGUAAAGGUGACGGAUCAGUGUUUGUCUCUGUUGCGUCGCUGCGUGUCGCUGCAGAGCGUUGACUUGCGUUCAUGCGGCACGCUCGCCCCGGACAUCUGCCAACUGCACUGCUUCCCCUCUCCUGAAGACAGACUGCUGCUGAAGAACAGCUAAAGACACACUACACAACACACACACACACACACACACACACACACACACUGACGCUCUUACUCCCUGGAUCGGACAAAUCAAAUCCAUGUACAUAUAUAACUGUGUGUGUGUGUGUGUGUAUGUACAUUUGUAGUUUGCUGUAAAUUAUUUACCUGUGUACACAGAUCCCGCCCCCUCAUCCUGGAGUCCCGCCCCCUCUCCUCUGCCGAAUGUUGAAUUUGUCCGUGCGUGUGUGAAUGUGACGGAGGUGACGCCGCGGUGUCGUUCCCGUGCGACAGCUGUCACUCUCUUUAGCUCUGCUGUUAACAUGUAAACAGCGCUGACUCAGCGUUAGGUGACGGAUGUCUUCUGUCCUUGGGUCAUUUCUGUCUCCGGGUCAGGACGCUCGCUGUGUCCACGUGCCAUUCACCGUCUACUCUCUGCUUUCUAUUCCUCUUGUGUUGCUAUAAGCUGAAAGUCUGAGGGCUUGUCUUUGAUUUACUGUCUCCAUUAAAGCUGCUGCUGACCCGCCGGGCGUCACUCGUGCAGACUGCCGGUGUUUUCAAAGCAUGGUUCAGUAUUAUCACAAAACCCAAAGCAAGCACGGAUUGAAGCGGACUUUAUCGUCCUCUUCCGUGGCAUCACGUGCUCGCUGACAUCGCCGUCUGUUUCUUCCUAAAGCAGCUUGUGUUUAAUCUCCUGCAGCUUCCAGAAUGCGAUGCAUGUCGACAUCUUGCACUGACUGUUUUCCUUGCACACUUUAAUUCAGUAUUGGGUCCAGUACAUCACAGCUGAACGUGUUGGACGGCAGUACGGGAAGAAAUGACAGAAUUCCAUUGCGCUGUUGUAACUCCACAGACGGCAUCCUCCCUUAAAAGUGAUCUCGACUCUUACAAAAGCCCACCACCACGACGGCGACGAUGUAGUUGCAACCGUGAAACCUGAAGUGUUGUUGACACCAUAUUGAUACAAAGGAUCCUUAUCGUGAUGUUUUAUUUCAUGUACAUUUUAGGGAUCAUGUUCAGUGCCGUUUAACUUGAGUUACGUCCAUCUGAAAUGACCUGUGCGUAGAUGACGCUUACAUAUCAAACACUGACGGUUUGAAAGGAAUCUAUAUGAAGCAGUCAGAUGAAGUUUUAAUUACAGUUCCUAUUUCAUCUCGAUGUGUUUCGUGCCGGUUCAAAAGGCCACGUUACAGAAAUGCCAUGUCUGAACUGAAUCCAGUAUUGGGUUUGGAUCCAUAUUACUAUAUCUUGCCAAAAUGUCCUUUUUUCUUUUGUUUGGUUUUUCAUAUUUCUUCCAUUGCAUUGAUCUAAGUGAUUAAAGAUAGAUAAAACAAUGAGAAAAAGAGAAACUCAAGGCAGCUACUAUAAGAGUGACUACUGUAAAAUGUCUAACUAAAUAAAGACAGUGGGGUUGUUUU